AUGGAUUCACAUAAUAACAUGGACCAAUCGGUACCAGAAUUGCUACUGGAUCCAGCAUCAGUACAACAGCUGUAUUCUUCACAACUACGAGGUUCAGAGUUAGAUCAACAGCGGCAGAUGCGCAAUCAGGUGCUGCCAUUUAAUAAGAUGAUUGACACAAUAGAUAAUGACGAUAUACCUCUAUCGAGUGACUAUGAGAAGCUAUAUCAACAGUUUAAUAUUCCAUCUCAGCAAGCAUAUGAAAGUAACACUGAUAGCAUGUACAAGACAAAUAAUGAUUUGGCAGCAUUGGCAUCACCAUUGAAUAUGGAUCUCGAUUUGGCUCCACCAGACCAACAACUGCAACAACAACAACAACAACAACAACAACAACAACAACAACAACAACAACAACAACAACUGCUGCUGCUGCAAUUUUUAAAUGAUUUCUCCAACUUUCAACCUCAUUUAAAUAAUUCACAAGAACAAGUCCAGCUAAAUGGUAUGGCAAGUAAUAUUCUAUCAAAUCCACAGAUCACGGUGAAUAUGCCGGGGGCUUAUCAUCUGAAUUUUAAUACUGACCAGAUGGAAAUUGAUGACUCUCCCCCAUUCACUAUUGAACUGGACUUGUAUUUUGAACAACAAACGGAUAAUAAUUCAAUAGUGACCAGUAAUAGGGUCCAUAAUCAACCAGACGUCGAGUCUAUGUUUAAUAACCAACUAUCAGUGCCUAGUCUACAGCAUACAGAAUUACUGCCACAGCAACAAGAGACAAAUGUGACAACUAUUCGACCUCACGAAUCUGCAUUUAGCUCAUUUGAUAACACCUCGCGUGUCUCGUCGUUUGCGAAUGUAAAUAAUGCUGGCACGGGUUUAUUUGUCAACGGAAAGGAUUUGUACUUUGACGAUGAUAGUCAUCACCGAACUGGACGAUUACGGAAUGGAUCGAUUGACAGUUAUUAUGCUGCCAAUGUAAUUAACCACCAAUUACAUUUGCAACAACAAUCACAGGGACAGGCCCAUCAGCAGCAGCAGCAGCAGCAGCAACAACAACAACAACAACACUCUCCACAGGAUCUUGCAUCCCAUACUAGUUUACCAAGCAAAUCAAUACAUAAUGAAUUGUCUCCAUUAACAACCGCCACAUCGAGGGCUUCGUCAAUACAGUCUGGCCAGCCGUCAUUUUUUUCCGCUCAACAAUAUUUCAGCAGAAACUCGAUGGAUCAAGUGCCCUCUUCAUUACAGCGUCCGUCUUUUGAUUUGUAUAACCAUCGUCCAUCGAUAGAUAGUCAACAUUCACAACAACUGCAACAAAGAAAUGCUCGCUAUACAAGCUUUACGAGCUCAAUAAGUAAUAUUUUACCAUUUAUGAGUGAGAAGAAUACAAAUCAUCAUAACAGGUCGCCACCUACACCCCCCACUUCCACGUCAUCUCCACAAAAUUUGUUAAGUUCCAAUCAAUCAAGGCAUUUGAUCAGAAGUAUAUUUAAGACCAAUCCAACGCCUGUUGCGUCUGGUGAAGGUAAUUCUAAUGGCAACAUUGUUAAUGGCGGGUCAGGAACAACUGAUACUGAUUUGCCAGACAUGUCAUAUCCAGGUGGCACUAUUAAUGAUUCUGAGUUCUUAAUUUUGUCAAGUCCGACUAAAGAAGAGCCAGAAGAUGAAUUGAUGCAGCCAAAAAAAGUUAAAAAACCGAAAAGAAGUUUGUUUACGAGAUUCAAAACACCAGUCAAACAGGAGCAACCGGAUCAGGAAAUGACGGCGUCUGCUCCCGGAGAAGAACUCAAACCAGAUGAAAAUGUCAGUGAUGUGAUUGGUAAUAUUUCUCUGCACCAUUCAAGUGGUACUCCGUCACUUACUACUGGUGCAGGGGGUAAUACAUUAGAACAUUCAAUUUCCGAGUCAUCAUUUCAAGAGCCGGAUUAUGCGGCCCUAUUUGAAAAUGUGGGUAAACGGAAAACCAAGAGCUAUAGGAAGCCGAAAGGCAAAAUUAAGGACGAAGAACAACAACAACAAUUACCAGUAUCAAGUGGAACAACUGGUGGCGCAUCCAGCAAUAACUCAACCGGUACAGUUGAAAAAACAUCAUUUUUCAAUAAAACUAAAAUCAAGAAAGAGCCUGUGAGUGAGCGAUCAUCGUUAUUGGAUAAUGUCAGUGCCGGUAAUGUUAGUGUGUCUUCAUCAGAUACAUCACUGAAUCAAAAUGUUAUUGGUUCUGAUGAUCAGAGUGGUGUAGCAUCAUCAUCCACACCCACUACGUCUACAUUAGCGAAUGCAUCGAAACGCAUACUUGGUUCUAAAUUGAUACUGAAAAAGAAAUCAACGUCAAAAUUAAAAGAUUAUACUGCUGCAGAGUUGGAAGAUAUGUGUACUGUUUCUUCUUUGGAUACACCAGUAGCCACAAUGAUUUCAAAAGGAAUUGAGGUUGAAGUUGACUUGGCCUCAUUGGAUUUACCUCCUGACACUAAGAUUUUCCCCACGUCUAUUAUCAAUAACAAAAAUAGAACCAGAGGUCGGAAAGAAAACAAAGAAGCUGAUUUGAGUGACACUUCAAAGAUUUAUUUGUGUAAUUUGUGUCAACGAAGAUUUAAACGUCAUGAGCAUUUGAAACGGCAUUUUAGAUCUUUGCACACGUUUGAAAAACCAUAUAAUUGUGAUAUAUGCCAUAAAAAGUUUAGUCGUUCAGAUAAUCUAAAUCAGCAUUUGAAAAUCCAUAAACAAGAAGAGGAGAAAGAUUGUACUGGUACUGAAACCGGUGUUGGUACUGAUGAUGCUUCAGAUUAA